CGAUCAGACGCCUACAGAGUGCAAAGACCCGUGAACACAUAGUAAUAUAGUAUCAUAUGUGUGACUAAUAUAAUAUAAUAUAAUAAGAAGUAGUCGUACGUAUUUGAAAUCAAAUAAUGAAGUAAAAAAACGACUAUUUUGUGAUUAUAGUUGUGCAGUUUAAUUAUGUUAACAUUGGUUAUUGUGCAAUAGAUAACAAAAGUGAAAUUCUUUCGUGAAGUGUUAGGAAAACUAUAUCAUGAUGCUGCUUGAGAUUCAUGUAGACAACGACAACAACAAACCGAAGCAAGUCCGAGCGCGAGUUGAUUCUAAUCUCUCUGCCGCUCGCUUGGGAACCGCAGCACGCACAUCCGCGGUAACGGCCGGUCACCACAAGAGCGCGAAUGCGGCGCAAUCUUCGGCGUCUUCUGGCAGCGCCCACAGAAGCGUCGCUGACAGAUCUGCAGACCAUCACCAUCACAAUUCGCACAGAUUGUCGGCUUUACAAGUGAACAAUAACUCUACCAACGGAAACAAUAAUAACCACCGCGGAGGCAGCACGAGCAGCAGCAGCAGCAGUAGUCAUAGCAGCAACUGCAACGGAAGCAGCAAUGGUGAUGAUAUCGGGAUGAGGAGCGAUGUUUUGAGGAAACCGAUGACGCCAACAGAGGCACUUAAAGCUUACGGGUCUCGAUUGUCAGAGUACGAACGAGCCGAAAUUGACAAAUAUCCAGAUGUGUGGUAUCUCGGUUUGGAAGCAUGUAAAGUUCCGGCAAAACCAGGGGCUCCACUUAAUUCUGGGUACGAUGACGAUAAUGGAAGCUACAAUAAGGUGUUACAUGACCAUAUCGGUUACCGCUAUGAAAUAUUAGAAGUUAUCGGACGUGGUAGCUUCGGGCAAGUUAUACGCGCUUUAGACCAUAAGACGCAGCAGCAUGUCGCUAUUAAGAUAAUCAGGAACAAAAAGCGGUUCCAUCAUCAAGCUCUGGUCGAGGUCAGGAUCUUAGAUGACCUCCGACGAAAGGAUCGAGAUGGACAACAUCAUGUUAUACACAUGUUGGAGCACUUUUAUUUUCGAAACCACUUGUGCAUUUGUUUCGAACUAAUGAGCCUAAACCUGUACGAAUUGAUUAAGAAGAAUAACUACCAAGGAUUUAGUUUAAGUUUAAUAAGGAGAUUCACCAAUUCGUUAAUCAAGUGCCUGUGUCUGCUGCAACGAGAAAACAUCAUACAUUGUGAUCUGAAGCCGGAAAAUGUGUUGUUAAAACAACGCGGCAGUUCAUCAAUCAAAGUAAUCGAUUUUGGCAGCUCUUGCUACAGUCAUAGAAAGGUCUACACCUACAUUCAAUCACGAUUCUAUCGAUCUCCCGAAGUUAUUCUUGGGCUAUCCUAUGGACCACCAAUUGAUAUGUGGAGUUUAGGUUGCAUAUUGGCUGAACUUUACACGGGUUACCCUAUUUUCCCGGGCGAGAACGAAGUCGAACAGUUGGCUUGCGUAAUGGAAGUGUUGGGAACGCCUCCAGAGGAGCUGAUCAAUGCCGCCACCAGGAGAAGAUUGUUCUUCGAUUCCAAGAACAAUCCCCGCUGUGUGACAAACAGCAAAGGCAAAAAACGCAGACCCGGCACGCGACCUUUGUCCUCAGCACUCAGGUGUAGUGACCCACUUUUCAUAGAUUUCGUCGGCCGCUGUCUAGAAUGGGACCCUAAAAGACGUAUGACACCCGAUGAAGCUACCUCGCAUGAAUGGCUCCAACCAUCAACUUCGGCAGCUUACCUUUCAGAGAAAAGGCAUUCGCAUCCAGCACAGGUAAAGACAGCACCAAGUCUCCAAGUUGCCACACUCAAGGAGAUGCCCUCCGCUGGCAGUAUGACACUUCUUCCUGACAUCAGGCGCAAACCAGAGCCUGCUCAACGUCAAACGGUCAAGGCGCAAUCUACGACGGCUGCCAAUUCGGUUAUGACGAAUAGCGUAGGAGAUUUGGAAGGUGCCCAACAAUGUUCACUUUAUCGUUUAUACCACCAGGGUAAGCGGGCAGCUUUGCUUUACCAGCAAGGUAAGGGCACAGGGCCAGGGCACAUGUCCCAUUCUCAAUCUACGGGAGAUGUUUCGGGUGUAUUAGGACGAGCGUGAUUACAUUGGACGGAGACAUCGAAAGACGACACUUGCGUGCUUAGGUGCUAAGCUGAUAUCAAAAUCAUCAAUUGACGCAAAGGGACGUAUAAUAUAUAUGGCCAAUUCAUGUUC